UUGUUGAUUUCUUUAAUUCCGCUGCUGCUACAUCAUCGCGUUAAAAUGACAUAACAAUUACAAACAAACACAACAGUAGCGCUUUGAUUAUAUUAUUUCUGUUAUAUUAUUACAUUUAUCCUGUUAUAAAGUAAGAACUUACUUCGUGUGACCCUCAAACUGCCGCACACUGUCGGAUAAAUCAGAAAUAAACAUAGCAGGAAAAAAUAUAUAUAUAAUCUCCAUCAAACUAAAUUAGUGUUUCAUAUAUGGAUAUGUUUUACUUUUUGUAUUAUAAGUUUUUAUGCUGCUCAUUUUAUGAUGAACUGUUGCUUUUUUUAUAUAUAUUUAAUUUUAUUAGUUGAUUCACUGCAUCCUGGAGCUGCAGAUUAUUUAGGAGCAGGUUUGACAAACACACAAAAAAUAAGAAAUGUGUGUAUCCACCGAGAGUAAACUAUUUGGUGCAACAAAUACUGUUAAUUUCCAGCUCAUUUCAGCAGGAAUGGAUGACAACACGCCGGAUGAGGUCUUUGCUGAGCUCCAGUCUCAGCCCAUCGGGGUUUGGGGAGUGGCUCAGAUCGCUGCAGGUACUGGACUCGCUGUCUACGCCAUGUGGGCGGGAAUCCUCCAGCCAGGCUUCCGUAGAGUCCCCCUGAGGCUCCAGGUUCCUUACAUGCCCGCCAGCAGAACCCAAGUGGACAACGUGAUGACGCUGCUGAGGGGUCGACAGGGACGUCUCGUGGAUAUGGGAUCUGGUGACGGCCGUAUUGUGUUGGAAGCUCAUCGACAGGGUUUCAAACCAGCUGUCGGCUACGAGCUCAACCCCUGGCUUGUUGGUCUGGCUCGCUUCCACGCGUGGAGGUCAGGUCACGGCGGACAAGUGUCCUACAGACGAGAAGACCUCUGGAAGGUCGACUUGACACGGUGUAAGAACAUCACAGUGUUCCUGGCUCCCAGUGUGCUUUCAUUACUGCAGAAGAAGCUGGAGGCCGAGCUUCCGGAUGACGCCUUGGUGGUGGCCGGUCGCUUUCCCUUCCCUGACUGGAAACCUGUCAGGGUGGAAGGGCUCGGUGUGGACAGAGCCUGGGCCUAUAGCAUGCAGGCACAGAGACAGCCCUCAGGCUUUAACAGCGACCUCUGCAGCAAGAGAGGAUCCACGUGACAUAUGCUCUGUGUUUUUAACUCACCGCUAAGUUAGAGGUACCAAUGUCUUUUUAAUCUAAUUUAUUAACGGCUUUUAAAAUGGAAACCAUGAAGCUACGUCUGUGAUGGAAUCAGACAAAUGUUCCUGCAGUUGCUUUUCAAAUCAAUCAUGUAAAGCAGCAACUGAACUUUAAUAUGUGAUUACAUGUAUGAUGUAAAUACUUUUUUAAGUCAGUACAACUGCUGUUAAUAUAAUAUAUGUAUAAUAUAUAUAUUAUCAAAGACACAUUUAUUUCCUCUGAGCAUUCAUGUACAGAUAAAGGUCAGUUCACAUCUGUCACCACACACACAAUCAGCACAUAGACUCCAAUGUCUAUUUAAACAUUUUCAUCAUCAAUCAGUAAAUACUGUAAACUGAUGUUCAUUGAAUGGAUUUGUUGUAUUUUAAUGGUUGUGUAUCAGUUGGACUUUAUUGCCGUCCAUCUUUUCCAGCUGUAAAGUUUUAUUGAACUCAGCUGAUAAGCGUCUUCCUCUAGUCCUCUAUCUGACGGGUCCAUUUGUUAUGAGUAGUUUUUUUUAGUGCAGAUGGAUCAUCCAUCUCCUGCAGCCAGAGUCACAGCAAGUCAACUGAUCCAAUAUGGCCCCGUAACCUAAUCUAACCUAACCUAACCUAAUCUAACCAUACCUAACUGAACCGAACCGAACCCUAUGAGUUAUGUCUACGUAUAGUCUGAUACACUCCCUUGGGUUGGUUCUAUCAGACCCAUGAAGGUUCCACCUCUAGGUUCCCAUGUGGGCUUGAGGGAUCUCACCAGUUUAGACUCAAUCAAAGUGAAUUUGUACUCAUGAGGUCCGACUGGGCAGUUUAUCCACCAUCGCUCUCAUGGCCUUUGUUCAUUAAGUCACAGCUAAUAACCCACAUUUCAGUUGGUUUGGUUUGUUAUGAACGUUAGAAAUGCAGUUAUGAUACUGCAUACAUCAUGUACUUUUUCUAUGAAAGUAACAGUAUAGUACCAUUAUGGAAACAGUUGAAGUAAAAGCUGUAUAC